AUGAGGGAAACAGCUGAAUCAGAGGGCAUGCAGAGAAAGAACGAGGAGAAACCUGCUGAACAACUGAGCUCCAGUGGACGCCAUGGCCUCCGCCCUCUCUGUGCGCUCGGUGCGUCAGCUCUCCUUCUCCAACAUCUCUGUGAGGGCCGGAAAGAUAAUCGUCCCCUUCCGGAGAUUCACCCGUCGGCAAGAUUUGAGGCAGAGGCCACCCUCUGCCAGUCAGUAGAGAGGGACUGUCAGGCUCUGAGGAGAGCAAAGUCGGACCACGACCAGAUCAUCUCCACUCUGCGAGGAGACCUAGACAGCCUGAAGGAAGAGCUUUAUUUCCUCAAGAAAAAUCACGAGGAGGAAAUGUGCUCCCUGAAGGCCCGGCUGGCCAAUGAGCAGGUGAAUGUGGAGGUGGAUGCAGCUCAGGGUCCUGACCUGGGGGCCAUCUUGGCUGAACUCAGGGUCCAAUAUGAAGGCAUCACUCGCAAGAACAAGGAGGAGGCGGAGGCCUGGUACCUAAAGAAGUUAGAGGCAGUGCAGUCGGAGGUCAAAGAAAGCAAUGAAGCUCUGCGUUGCGCCCAAAGUGAGCUCAGUGAGAGGCGACGUUUCCUGCAGGCUCUGGAGGUCGAGCUCGACAACCUUCGUAAACAGGUCAGCGUGUUGGAGGGAAACCUUGGAGAAAUGGGACAUAAGUACUCCGUGGAGAUGGACCGUCUUCAAGCCAUUCUGACGCAACUGGAGGAUGAGCUGUCACAGCUGCGUUUGGACAUGCAGCGCAACAAGACCGACUACGAGCAGCUGCUGCGUGUCAAGCAGAACCUGGAAAUGGAAAUUGCCACCUACAGGAGGCUGCUGGAAGGAGAGGAAGUGGUGAAAGAAACUCCACCUCCUAAAAAAGACCCUGAUGUGAGGACCAGGAAGAUUGUGAAGGUCGUCACUCAGACAAUGAUCAAUGGCAAAGUGGUUGAUGAGUCCAGUGAGGUGGAGCAGAUCGAGGAACGCAAAAAAUGAAAUUAUUGUCCUUUUUAUUUACUCUUUACUGUGUCUGAAGUAGGGCGGCAACAAUAUCAGAUUUUCACUAAAUGAUAAUCUUGGUCAAAAGAAUUCACAGUAAUGGCAUUAUUGUGACACCUUAAAAAGAAAGAAAAAAAUAUUUGUUUAUGCAGUUUGUGCUUUGAGGAAAAUUGCAUUCAAAAUACAUUUAAGAAGUUUGAGACACAAAGGCACGAAAAUUAAGAAUUACAGUAAUUUACAACAUAAUCACACGUAUUGUUAACAAAAACACCAACUGUGACCCAAACUCUGUGUCCUGAAGACAUAUAAAAAUAACUUCUUUGAUGCAUAUUACUUAAUUACUUUAUUUUUUUGUCCCAUCCAGUAAUUUGGAAAAGAACAAAAAUGGCAGAUUUUUCUAGCACAGAGUGAAGAUUAGGAUCAUCACCAGUGAUGACGCACAUAUUUGAUGAAUCUUAAAUAUUGCAGUUAUCGUCAGCAUCAGUACACUGAAACAGCCAGAUUCAUCUUGGAAAUGUACUGAAAUGAAAUGAAAGUUCAGCCUGACUAAAAAUUUAUAACAGCUUCUGGAUCUGCUUCACUCUGCAGAUUAGAAAGUUCAGGACUUCACUGUGAUGUUCACUGUUGUGCUUUUCAGACAGCCUUUAAAUAAAAUCUUAUUUUCCUAAAAUUCCUUUGAAAUUUUAA